AUGAGAAAGCUGGCAUCAAUCAAGAGAAUGGCAAUGAAGGUGCUGAACUGUGGAGAAGGAAAGCUGUGGAUGGAUCCAAAUGAGCUGGAAUCAAUCAUGGCCGCAGACUCGUACGACAGAGUGAGAGAGCUGAUUGCUGACAACGUGAUCAUAAAGAGAGACGACAAGGUGAACAGCAGGGCCAAUGCUGAGAAGAGGGCAGAAGCCAGAAAGAAGGGAAGACACAUGGGAAAGGGAUCAAGAAAGGGAACAAAGAACGCCCGCUGUUCGAAGAAGACGAUUUGGAUCAAGACCAUUCGAUCAAUCAGGGAAACACUGAAGGAAAUGAAGGAGAAUGGCGAACUGAAUUCGGAUGAAUAUCAUCGAUAUAGGCAGCAUGCGAAGGGAAACAUGUUCAAGCUGAACAAGAACACGAUGAUUGAUCAGAUCAACAGAAAGAAACAGGAGCAGCUGAGACUGGCUGAACUGGAGAAGCAGGCACAGGCCAUCAGAAUGGGAAACAAGCAGAAUUAA